AUGGCGCCCCCAAUUCCGUCGGCCGAGCUCCGGCUGUCGUAUCCUCUCUACGCCCUCGACUUCGAUAACGAUCAUCCAAAUCGCCUCGUGGUUGGAGGUGGUGGCGGUGCGGCACGGAGCGGUGUCGGGAACAAAAUCAGCGUGUUGGAUACAUCGCACGAGGGCUCGCUACAGAUCGUGUCCGAGAUCGAACUGAGCCGCGACGAAGACAGCGUCAACACCCUUGCCGUGGGCGCCCGGCGGAACAAGUCUGUUCUGGUUUACGCUGGGAUCAAUUCCGCCGAGAGCGAGAUCAAGAAGGGCAACAAUGAGCAUUUCAGGGCGUUCGCCGCGGAGCUGCCCAGCAGUGCGAAAAGUGAUCCGAAAAUCUCUGAGGUGUCGAGGUCAUCGCUCUUUUCCACCACAGAUGCCGAGGCAUACCAGAGGCUCUUGAGGAUAUCAGGCGGCGUCGGCGCCGUCGCUACCGGUACCAUUGGCCGCUCUAAGGACCCGCAGAUCGCCAUCUUCGGGAUCCCGCCCCCAACGAGUGAUAGCACGACACCGAAGUUGAGAGGGAAAGUGGAGCUGAUGAGGGAGGCAAUGGAUAUGGAUAUUUUACAAAUAUCGGAGGACGAGCACCAGCUAGUCUACUGCGAUGAUCGUACACUGUACACCAUGAUCAUCGGCAAAUCCACUACCAGCGGCCCACAUACCGUGUACACGCUGACCGAGGAUGAGGCGAUCGGACUAUGGGAGCGCCCGUCGUUCCGAUGUGUCCGCUUUUUGACCCCGACAUUUGUCCUGGUUGUUGCCAAUGUGGCCAAGGCGGGUGGUGCCGUGCUCCAGGGUUUCCGCCUACCGAAGCGACCGGAUCUUGGGAAAGAAGAGAAAGAAGGGAAAGCCAAGCUUGCGAUCUCGGCCAAGCUACCGAAGACUGUCAAGCGCGCAACUGGGCUGGCCGUCCGCAACCUGCACCCCCCAGCUUCGCCGUCGUCAAAGCAAGACAACACCCAAUUUGUGAUCGCUACGACCGGCCAGGACAGCUCGAUAUCCAUCUACACGCUCGACCACCAAUCCAUUGGCGAUAUCAACCUCAUCGCCAACCUCCUACCCGUCACCACCCUCAAAGAAGUCCACCUUGGCCCAAUCUCCGGCGUCGCUUUCUCCCCCUUUCCCAUCCCACCUAACGAAACCGGACAACAAGAAAGAGAACAACCCCUCCAUCUCCAUCUCGCCUCCAUCGGGUCCAUGGCCAACACCUGCAUCGUCCACACCCUCCCCCUCAAACAGCUGCCUCCCUCUUCUCCUCAAACCUCCACCAAGCAACGCCCACGCCACGUCCUCGGUCUCAAAUCCCACCGGCCAUCACCCACCAACAUCCUCAUCGGCUUCUCGAUCGUCUUUCUUCUACUCGCCAUGCUGCUACAGGGCAUCCUCGAAAUCCGCGGCGCCUCACGCCCAAUCGUCUACGCGCGCAGUUACACGCCUGCCACCUGGCACAGUCCAGAGUGGUAUAAUGGCCAGCUCAAUAAGCAGCAACAGCAAGAACACAGCUCGUCGGAUUUCCCGGACCUUUUUGACGCACCAGAGAUGACGUUCGAGGACAGCAAUAGGGACUUGUUCGCGGAGUACCACGACCUGGCGAAAACCACCCACCAGCAGGACAGCGGGGAAGCCACGGAGAACGGCAAAAAGAAGGUCGUCUUACACCACGUAGCAGAUGACGAAGUUGUUCGGGUGGAAGGGCACGAUGAAGAGAGACAUGGGGAAGCGAAGGGGUGGGAGGAGUUGGAGGAAGGGCAGAAGGAGGUGUGGAAGGACAAGUUGAGGAAGGCGGGGCAGUGGGGGGAGCAUAUGGGCGAGGCGGUGUUCAAGGGAGUGUUGUUUGGGGAGCUUGCGGGGGUUGUUGGGGCGAUGGUUGCAUGA